AACUUGGAUCAGAUUCUUCUUCUUCUCUAAACAACAACAAAAUUUCUUCCCUCUGUCUUUCACAACUUUCCUCUUUCUCUAAAGACAAAACUCAAAAUCAAAACAAAAUGACUCGCUCCUCUAGAUUCCUUGGUACGGCGUCGCCUCCACCGCCGGAAGAAAUCCUCGCCGCCGAAACCGACAUGGUUGUGAUUCUCUCAGCCCUUCUCUGCGCUCUCAUAUGCGUAGCCGGCUUAGCCGCUGUAGCUCGCUGCGCUUGGCUCCGCCGUCUCACCGGCGUUAAUUCCGCCGCCGUCGGAGAAUCACCGCCGCCGAACAAAGGCCUCAAGAAAAAAGCACUUCAAGCUCUCCCUAAAUCAACUUACACCGCCUCUGCUUCUACCGCCACCGCCGCAGAUGAUCUACCGUGCUCUUCCGGCGGAGACGGAGAUUCAUCCACCGAGUGUGCAAUAUGCAUAACGGAAUUUUCCGACGGCGACGAGAUCAGGAUCUUACCGCUGUGUAGUCACGCCUUCCACGUGGCGUGUAUAGAUAAAUGGUUGACUUCACGGUCGUCGUGUCCUUCUUGUCGUCGGAUAUUGGUGCCGGUGAAGUGUGAUAGGUGUGGCCACCAUGCUUCCACGGCGGAGACUCAGAUCAAAGAUCAACCUCCUCAUCACCAACAUCCUUCACAGUUCACUUCCGCCAUUAUUCCUGCUUUUCUUCCUUGAGAUUUUCACUUUAUUUAUUUUUAUAAUUUGCUAAAAAUAUCGGCAUGAUUAAAGAAAAGUAAAGUUCUAAUUAAUUAGGAAUUAGUGUGAUCUUUAGUUACUUCGAUUUUUCUCCACUGUAAUCCACUGUUAUGAAUUAAUCAGAUGAAAAUUUCGAA